AUGAAAUCCGUCUUUGCUCUCGGCGUCUUGAUCAGCGCCGCCGCCGCGCAGGCUCCUGCGUGGGCGCAAUGUGGUGGGAGCGGCCACACGGGCCAGACCACCUGCGUUUCGGGGCACUCGUGUGUUGUGGUGAAUGAGUGGUACAGCCAAUGUCAACCUGGCACGUCAACCUCCCCAGGCGGCGGCAGCGGCGGCGGCGGCGGUGGUGGUGGUGGUGGUGGUGGUAGCGGCGGCAACGGCAAGUUUGUAUUUUUUGGCACCAACGAAGCCGGGGCCGAAUUCGGAAGCACCACUCUCCCUGGAGUCUGGGGCAAGGAAUACACGUUCCCGGAGCCUUCUGCUAUUGAUACGCUGAUGAGCCAAGGUUACAACACCUUCCGCGUCUGCAUGGCAAUGGAGCGGCUCGCAGACAAGGGGCUGACGGGCGCCUUCAACCAAGCCUACCUCCGCAACCUGACGACGGUCGUCAACCACAUCACGAACAAGGGCGGCUGGGCAGUCAUCGACCCGCACAACUACGGGCGGUACAACAAAAACAUCAUCACCGACACCUCGGCCUUCAAGACCUUCUUCGUCAACCUCGCGACGGCCUUCAAGAGCAACAACAAGGUGGUGUUCGACACCAACAACGAAUACAACACCAUGGACCAGGACCUCGUGCUGCGGCUCAACCAGGCCAGCAUCGACGGCAUCCGGGCGGCGGGCGCGACGUCGCAGUACAUCUUUGUCGAGGGCAACGCCUGGUCGGGCGCCUGGUCGUGGAACACGACCAACGACAACAUGAAGGCGCUCAAGGACCCGCAGGACAAGCUCGUGUACGAGAUGCACCAGUACCUCGACUCGGACUCGUCCGGGACGUCGCCCGACUGCGUCAGCGCAAACAUUGGCGUGCAGCGCAUCGUGGGCGCCACCGAGUGGCUCAGGGCCAACAAAAAGGUCGGCAUGAUCGGCGAGUUCGCCGGCGGGCCCAACGACCAGUGCAAGGCCGCCGUCAAGGGCAUGCUGGACCACAUGAAGCAGAACAGCGACGUGUGGCUGGGUGCCCUGUGGUGGGCCGCCGGGCCGUGGUGGGGUGACUACAUGUACGGGUUUGAGCCGCCGACCUCGACGGCCUAUGUCUACUACAACAGCCUGUUGAAGACGUAUCUGUGA